CCGUCCACCCUCCCACUCCAGGAACGGGCUCCACGGGACGCCUGUCUGAGGACUCAGCCGCGCCUCGCCGCCGCGUGAGAGACUCCAGCCGAAGCAGGAAAACAACCAACAGAAAGGAAGAAAAAGUGAGAAAGAAAGAAAGAAAGAAAGAAAGCGGUUUUUUUCCGGAGAAUUCCGGGGGACGUGAAGGCGGCAGAUGGGAGGGACGUUCCUCCUGAUGGACCCCUGAGAGGAGACAUCCUUCAGCCCCGGGCUCCGGACGCUCGGCCGCGCGUCUUCUCCUCCUUAAUCUCGGGAUUAUCCUCCACAUUUACAGCCUUUGACGGGAAUAAUCCGUAUCUCAUCGUUGAGUGUCUGAGGAGCGGCGGUGCAGCAGCCAUGUGGCAGCGACUUCAGAUCUGCUGCGCGCUCUUUGCACUGUACUCGGCGGCGCCGCCUGCACACAUCAACCGCCUGGCGCUGUUCCCCGACAAAAGCGCCUGGUGCGAGGCCAAGAACAUCACGCAGAUAGUCGGGCACACAGGAUGUCAGCCUCGCUCUAUUCAAAACAGAGCGUGCCUCGGCCAGUGUUUCAGCUACAGCGUCCCGAACACGUUUCCCCAGUCCACCGAGUCUCUGGUGCACUGUGACUCCUGCAUGCCGGCCCAGACGCAGUGGGAAGUGGUGACCCUGGAUUGCCCCGGCAGUGAAGAGUCUCCUCGGGUGGAUAAGCUGGUGGAGAGGAUCUUCCACUGCAGCUGCCAGUCCUGCAGUAAAGACGGAGCCCAGGAGGGGGCAGUCAUGCAGCUGUAUCCGGCAGACAACACCCUCCUCCCCUCUCCGUCUUUACCUGACCCCCCCAGCAAAUCCCAGCCUCCCCCUCUGCCCCACGCAGACACACACUCCAACAAGCAUCUGCACAAGGACCACCACACGCUGCCGCACACUUCAGACGGGGGGUAGGAGGGGGUCCUUUCCCUAAACGUUUGUGACUUUUUCCGUCUCCUCUUGUAUGGGGCUAAAUUAGGGUCAAUAUUAUUUGAAACCCAAAUAAAUCUAAUUGAAAAAAAUAUUGGUGUUUGGCCA